UUGACUUGGUUGUUAAAUAAAAUGUUAAGAGAGAGAAAAGGAGAGGAGAGAGAGAGUGCGUUGUAGAGUAGGGCAACAAAACAAUGAAGAAGUCUUCAGGUGGCGCUGCCGAGAAGAAGCGCGUGCGACGCUCCUCCGCUCCAGAUCUCACCUCCGAUGCUCCUCCUAGGAAACAGGCUGCUAAGAAAGAUGUGUUUCAAGUGUUUGCUGAGAAGGUGAGAGACCAUAAGGAUUUGGUCUCGAGAUGGGCUGUUCUACAGGAGACGCGUGUUGAGUAUUUCAGAGGGAAGGAUUUCGCGAGCUUCUUGAAAAAUCAUCCCGAGGUCAAAGAUAUUCUAGAAUCAGAUAGGAACUUAGAAACUGAGGAUAUUGCCAACAUUCUACUUGCGAAAAAUCUUCUAGUGCGCUGUGAUCGAGUGGUUAAAACUGUUCGUCCUGGGAAGAAAAAGUUGUCUACUUGGCCUGCACAUUUAGAGAUUUUCCCUGAGCAAAUAUUUUCUGAAAAUGAUGCUUUUUUUGCGUGGACAUUUGCAAAACGGCAUCCACUUUGGCAAACGCUCCUCUCAUUUUUCUGGCCUGUGUUGACAUUGGCUAUUUGCCUAUUUCCCGUGUACCCUCAUCGCUGCAAGCUAUUAAUACUUUACUCAUGUGCUGGAAUACUUUUUCUGAUUCUCUCUCUACUUUUGAUAAGAGGUGCAAUAUUUGGUGCUUUAUAUAUUUUCCUUGGAAAGCGUGUCUGGUUUUUCCCCAAUAUCCUUGCUGAGGAAGCAACGCUGGGAGAGUUAUUCAGAUUUUGGCCUAAGAAAGAUGAAGAGGAAAGACCAAAGUGGACGACAAGGAUUUUCUAUGCUGUGGUAGCUGUGCUGUUCAUAUUAUUGCUUAGGCAUCAUGCUCCUGAUGAAGCUGCCAGAGCAAGAUAUCAGAAGAGGGUAUCUAACAUCAUUGAUGAUGUUCUGGAAUGGUCUCCUAGUUUAGCCUUGUCCGGGAUGAUGGAUAAGCAACAAAAUGUGUCUAAUGCCACAGGGUCCAGUGAUGCUGCCUCACAAGCAAGCCAAACAGGACCGGAGGAUGCAGCUCCGGCUGAUGGUAGUGAAACUUUCACAGAACAGUAUGAUACUGAAGAAGUCAUGGAUAACAUAGAGGAUGCUGGUGAAGAAGAUAAACAACAUCAUGAUUAAAGGGGUAAUCAUAUACCUAAAAUAUAUCUAGUGACUAGAUCACAUUUUUCCGUUUAUUCGAGUGUAAAAGUACCGUGUAUGAAAUUAUAACAGUAAUAGUGGUUCGCUUUUUAAAGGAUUAUGUUCUCCUUCGUCGCA